GAUAAAUAUGCGUUAUAUUUUCAGAGUUCGAAGGCCCGUUUCGAAAUGAUCUCGUCAGGAAGAUAAGGAAAUUCUUAUCAUCUACUAAAUAUUCACAGUUGAGUCGAAAAAUACUCGAACUCAUCAUUCAACGACGUGCUUCAGUGUCAUAAAUUAUCAUAAUCUUUGCAUUUCGCUAUGGACUUCUACGACGCAAAUUACCCGAAGGAGCAUCCUCGCAAUUUGAUUCCUGAACUUUGUAGGCAGUUUUAUCACCUUGGAUGGGUGACUGGAACUGGAGGCGGUAUCUCUAUUAAGGAUGGCGACGAAAUUUAUAUAGCACCUUCUGGUGUGCAGAAAGAGCGUAUCAGUCCUGACGAGAUGUUUAUUCACGAUAUAAGAGGGACCGUCAAGAAGACUCCUCCCAAUGAGAAAAAGCUGAAACCAUCGCAGUGCACGCCUUUGUUUAUGUGCGCUUAUACUGCAAGAAAUGCAGGGGCGGUUAUACACACCCAUUCCAAAUUUGCAGUCAUGGUAACGCUGCUUUGGCCAGAAACAGAAUUCCGCAUCACUCAUCUAGAGAUGAUAAAAGGAAUUAGAAAUCAGAAAACAGGACGUGCUUAUCGCUAUGACGAAGAGCUGGUUGUGCCGAUUAUAGAAAAUACUCCGUUUGAGGAAGACUUGAAAGAUCGUAUGGCAGAGAUUAUUGAAAAAUAUCCAGAAACUUGCGCCAUUCUGGUCAGAAGGCACGGCGUUUAUGUAUGGGGCGACACCUGGCAACAAGCUAAGACAAUGACAGAAUGCUACGACUACUUGUUCGACAUCGCUGUUCAGAUGAAACAGCAUAAUUUAAACCCUUUGGCAACACCCGAGCAAUACGAGUUACGGUUUCAGCGUACAGAGAUUCAAUAAAAUAUGUUUUAAAGAACGUCGAACUUUGGAGGCAUUUCAUAUAUUUACAAUUUACGAAAAUAAAAAGCAUUUGGUGA